AUGUCAUUCAAGGUUAAUUGGGAUUCACUAGAUACUGAUUCCCUCGCACACUGGACUAAAGACAUCCUAACCAACGCAUUAAAUUCAGGUAAAUCGCCCAAUAUACUAGCGUCAAACAUCACCAUCAAGGAUUUAAAUUUUGGUAAGGUUGCUCCUGAUUUUGAAAUAUUGGAAAUUGGUGAAUUAGAUAAAGAUCGAUUUAGAGGGAUAUUUAAGAUUAAUUAUCAUGGAGAUUUCCAUUUAACUUUGCAUACACAAGUACAAGCAAACCCUUUGAAUAUUUAUUAUUCAAAUUCAUUGGAAACUGAAGUUAAUUAUGAAGGUGUUCAAAUGUAUAAUGAUGAAGAUAAUUCAUUUGUUACUCCACAAUUUGUUAUGGCUAAUGAACAAUUUGCAAUACCAUUAGAUCUAAAGUUAUCAGAUAUAAAGAUUAAUGGGAUUGGAAUUAUUGUAUUUUCCAAAUCAAAGGGGUUAACUCUAGUUUUUAGAAAUGAUCCAUUGGAUUCUAUUAAAGUUAGUUCAACUUUUGAUACGGUUCAAGUAUUGGCUAACUUUUUACAAAAACAAAUUGAAUCACAGAUUAGAGAUUUGUUUAGAGAAACUUUGCCAACCUUGAUACAUCAAUUGUCUUUGAAGUAUCUUAGUCUUGAUAAUCAUAUGAAUGAGUUCAAGAGUAAACUAGCAGCUAAUGCAACACCGACCACAUCGACCACUACACAAACUAGUGACACCGAUGCUAGUAUGGCUUUUUCCACUCCAGCUUAUAAAAUGUUGGAAAAUGAUGAAGAUGUUUCAUUGGUUUAUUCAACAAAGCACCUACAAAAGACUCUUGAAUUUUUUAAAUCUCGUGAAACAAUGAGUUUGAGAGUACCUAAAUUCAAACAUAUUAUACAAAGAAGUCAUAUGGAUAAAUUUGAUAAGAAUUAUCCUAAUUUACUUAACUCGUUGUCAGUGAAUAAUAGCGAUGUCAGGAAAUACAUUAGUUCAGUACCCCAAGCUUUGAUUGCUGGUGGUCAUAAUAAUAGCAAUAGUGGAAGCAGCAAUGGUAAUAAUGGAAUUCCUAUUAAUAUAUUAUUGGAUGAAUCAUUCAAUAAAAAAGAUAGUCUAUUAAAGGAUAUUUCUUCUAUUCAAGCUAAUAAUUACUAUAAAUAUGCUAAAGAUGCACCAAUUAAACCAAAGAGGAGAGUGAUUAAACUAGGAGGAAAGAAGAAGAAACAACAAAAGGAGGAGACGGAAGGAUUCCAAGAGUCAUUAUCAUCAGAACCAAUUACUCCAACUUCCGUCAGUUCAAACUCCACUUUAAUUGAUUAUGAACGUACUAUUGGUACUACGACCCCGCUGAAUAAGUCAGUUAUUGAUGAGAUCAAGACUCCAGAGAUGCAACAACAACAACAGCAACAACUCCCACAACGUCCUAAAUUACAGCAAGUUCAAAAAUCACCUUAUUCUUUGGAACAUCCAACCCCAAAGAAAUCCCAUCAUCACCAUCACUAUCACCAUCACCAUCCGUCUUUCAACAACAGCGCCAUAUAUCAAGAAGUUAUAAGAUCAACUCAAUCUCCAUCAUUAAUCUAUGACAAGGGGUUGGGAACUGCUGGUGCUGGUGUAGGCGUGGGGUUAGGAAAUACUGGAUAUUUCAAUUUUGCACCACAACGAACCAUUAGUACAUCACCAAUAAGAAGAACCAAUAGCAAUCUUGUUGGAGGAUCUAGUGCAGUUGUUGACAAAAAUGAGCCAAAGUUGAAGGAGAAGAAGUCGAUCAAUCAUAUUGAUAUAAACAAAGUGAAUCAAAGAUUAGAAGAGACUUUGACCGUAAAACAAAAAGAGCCGAAAAAGCAAAGUCAUGAAAAUGUGAAUGUUGUUACUGUUGAUGAAAAGAAAAGAGAUAGAACCAGCGAAGAUGGUUAUGCUAGUGUUGCAUCAGCUCCAGGUAACUUUUCACAACUGGAUAUUUUCAAUAACACUUAUGGACAACCUAUUUUUACUACUGUUCCACCACCUUAUUAUUAUCAUUGA